AUGACCGAGAAGAGCACACGCUCCAACACUUUGAUUGCCAGUUUUGAGCCAAGGAUACCAGCGUUAUCUCCUGUGAAGACUGUCCACGAGUGCCACAGCAAGGUGAUCUCGUUGCCUUGGUCGCCGUCAGUACCGCCUUCCCACGGUGUGUCCAAGUCCGUCACGAACCCAAAGUACAAAAGCGCACAGGAGAACUGGAUGAAAGUCACGGACGACGGAUGA